UAUGCAUAUUACUAAGUUUCGGGGCUAAUCUGCAAAUGUUAGAUCACUGAUAAAAUUAAAAAAAUAAAAGAUUCUAUAGUAAACCAAAUCCAGAUGAAUAGCUUUUAAAUAAAGAUAUGAAAAAUUUUAACGGAAUGAAAAUUACUCCUGUACGGUCGUAUAAUAAUAGAGAGGGUACCGGGGAAUAUAAAAUAAAAGUAUUCAAAUAUAUAUAUUAAUGUAAUAAGGAACAAUGAAGUGAUUGGAAGAGUAGUACAACAUAUCUGACACAUAUCACAAUUGUAUCAUAUCAGUCAAUAAUAAUUAAAAAACUUUAAAGUGAAGUGUUGUAUAAGUGAAAAUGUCUGAACGCUUUAAGGUGACUAUGUUCGAUGAGCCGUCUGGCAAAAAUUACAAGAACUACGGCGCGACAUCGGCUGAGAGCGAUGUAGAGCUGAAAGGCAAACUUCUCCAAAACUCAGGUGACACCGAUGAGUAUGGCUUCUCGAAGGACAAAGACAAAGGCGACACAACGCUGUACCUCUACCAAGAGGAGAUCGAAGACAGGCCUCGAGCGGCUACGUUCCUCAGUUCUCUGGCGGACUAUUCCAAUACCAUCCCCACUGCCUCAGCGGCUGAUCCCGAUGCCCCAAAACCGGCACCCCCCGCUCGUAUGGGUACCCUCAUCGGGGUGUACCUUCCUUGCAUCCAAAACAUUUUCGGCGUCAUCCUCUUCAUCCGUUUAACAUGGGUUGUUGGAACCGCUGGCGCUAUUCAAGGCUUUCUGAUUGUGCUUGUCUGCUGUUGUACGACGAUGCUCACUGCGAUAUCAAUGUCAGCGAUUGCUACGAACGGUGUGGUCCCAGCAGGGGGGUCAUAUUUCAUGAUCGGUCGGUCUCUGGGUCCAGAGUGUGGUGGCGCAGUUGGAAUGUUGUUCUACACAGGCACUACCCUCGCUGCUGCCAUGUAUAUCGUCGGAGCUGUUGAAAUAGUUCUGACGUACAUAGCACCCUGGAUGUCAAUUUUCGGCGACUUUACUAAGGAUCCUGAAGCGAUGUACAAUAACUUCAGAGUUUACGGAACUGGUCUUCUAUUGAUAAUGGGCAUGGUUGUGUUUGUGGGAGUCAAAUUUGUCAACAAGUUCGCUACACUCGCCCUCGCUUGUGUCAUUCUUUCCAUUAGUGCUGUCUACGCUGGCAUCUUUGUAAACUUCAACGGAAACGAUAAACUUCAAAUGUGUGUAUUGGGAAAACGUUUAUUGAAGGACAUUCAUAUUAGUAACUGCAGCAAGGAUUUGGGAGGCGAACUGCAUCAAUUAUUUUGCCCGAAUAAUACAUGUGAUCCAUAUUAUCAACAACAUGAAGUUUCAGUGGUUCAAGGCAUUAAGGGUUUGGCAAGUGGAGUUUUCUUUGACAACUUACAAGACUCUUUUCUACAACUUGGACAAUAUAUCGCUUAUGGCAAAGAACCAGAUGACAUUGAACAGAUGGAACGACCAACCUAUAACCAGAUCUAUGCUGAUCUAACCACUACCUUUACAAUUCUCAUAGGCAUUUUCUUCCCAUCGGUAACUGGUAUAAUGGCUGGAUCGAAUCGUUCUGGAGACUUGGCUGACGCCCAGAAAAGUAUUCCAAUCGGAACAAUUUGCGCUAUUCUUACAACAUCAACUGUUUACCUGUCUUGUGUGUUACUUUUCGCUGGUACUGUCGAUAACUUAUUACUGAGAGACAAAUUUGGACAAUCGAUUGGCGGGAAACUUGUAGUUGCAAAUAUGGCAUGGCCGAAUCAAUGGGUUAUUUUAAUUGGAUCGUUCCUUUCUACCCUCGGAGCUGGACUACAAUCUCUGACUGGCGCACCACGUUUACUGCAGGCUAUCGCUAAGGAUGAAAUAAUACCUUUCCUUUCACCGUUCGCAGUUUCUUCUAGCAGGGGAGAACCAACAAGGGCCUUAUUAUUGACUAUGGUUAUUUGCCAAUGCGGCAUCCUUCUGGGCAACGUCGAUAUCCUAGCGCCAUUGUUGUCUAUGUUCUUCCUCAUGUGUUACGGAUUCGUCAAUUUGGCUUGCGCUCUGCAAACGCUUUUGAAGACUCCCAACUGGCGACCCAGAUUCAAAUAUUACCAUUGGUCACUUUCACUAGCAGGUUUAACGCUAUGUAUUUCCAUUAUGUUUAUGACAUCAUGGUUUUAUGCCUUAAUAGCUAUAGGCAUGGCUGGUCUUAUCUACAAGUACAUUGAGUAUCGAGGAGCCGAAAAAGAGUGGGGCGAUGGCCUGCGCGGUCUGGCGCUUUCCGCAGCUCGUUAUUCAUUACUGCGUCUGGAAGAAGGACCCCCACAUACAAAGAACUGGAGACCUCAAGUUCUUGUUCUUGCUAAACUGAAUGAGGAUCUGAAUCCGAAGUAUCGUAAAAUGCUUGCUUUUGCCAGUCAACUUAAAGCUGGAAAAGGUUUGACAGUUUGUGUAUCCGUGUUGGGUGGUGAUUUCACCCGCCGCGCAGGGGAAGCAGCUACGGCUAAACAAAACUUACGCAAAUGCAUGGAUGAAGAGAAAGUCAAAGGAUUCGUUGAUGUCCUUGUAUCACAUAGUAUUGCUGAUGGCCUGGGCCACUUUGUUCAAACGACCGGUCUUGGCGGAUUGAAGCCAAAUACAGUUAUUGUUGGAUGGCCAUACGGCUGGCGACAAUCGGAAGAUGAACGUACUUGGCAAGUGUUCCUGCACACUGUCCGAGCUGUUACCGCCGCGAGAAUGGCCAUGCUGGUACCUAAGGGGAUCAAUUUCUUCCCUGACUCUACUGAAAAGGUCUCUGGUAACAUAGAUAUUUGGUGGAUAGUUCACGAUGGUGGAAUGUUGAUGCUCUUACCAUUCCUGUUGAAGCAUCAUCGCACGUGGAAAAAUUGCAAGAUGCGAAUUUUCACUGUCGCUCAAAUAGAAGAUAACUCCAUACAAAUGAAAAAAGAUCUGAAAAUGUUCCUGUAUCAAUUACGUUUGGAAGCUGAAGUUGAAGUCGUAGAAAUGACUGAUAAUGAUAUCUCCGCCUACACUUACGAACGCACCUUGAUGAUGGAACAGCGCAAUCAGAUGUUACGUGAACUGAGACUUAAUAAGAAGGAAUCGCUUGGAAUGGUUCAAGCCAUAGUGGAUCAUCAUCACGCUGAUGUGAAGACUGCUAGCAAGGUCCGUUUCGCUGAACCUGGUUCGGAGCCAGCAGCCGAAGACGCACCCUCACCUCCUCUGGCAGAAAACGAUGACAAGGACAAAGAUGAUAAGGACGAAUUUCGAAGUAGUUUGUUGCACAUAAUCGAUUCAAUGUGGGACUCGCCCGAUGAACGCUCGCAGUGUGAGUCGCCAACGCCUCCCAUCGACGCGGACAAACACAAGGAUGGCAACCUCAACGGCGACGCGCUUAAACCCCAGCCCAACAUGCCGAUACUGACUCCCGACGAGGGAACGGUUCGACGGAUGCACACCGCCGUUAAGCUGAAUGAAGUCAUAGUGUCGCGUUCACACGACGCACAAUUAGUCAUACUGAACCUGCCGGGCCCGCCGCGCGACACUAAACUCGAGAGGGAAUCCAACUACAUGGAGUUCCUGGAGGUGCUGACGGAGGGACUGGAGAAGGUCCUGAUGGUUCGUGGCGGAGGCCGCGAGGUCAUCACUAUCUACUCGUGAAUGCGUCCCGCAACUUCUAUAUCGAACUAUCCGCGCUACCUCUGCGCUUUUAAUCUAUGUGAUUUGUUCCUUCAUUUCCGAACGUUACGUUCGGACCUCUUGUUGAUAGUUUUUUAAACGCAUAAUUCCCGCUGAAACGGGUCAUAUUGAUUUAUUUAUCAUUUGUAAUGUAUUGUAUUUUCUUACGACUAUAUUGUUUGACGUAAUAUUAGAUUAGAUCUAAAUUUUGUUACGUUUGACGCUUAGAUUAUUUAAAGAGUAUUUACUGUUGUAUGCACGUGGGUGUGUAUCUAAAAUGAGCCUUAACAUAGGUUACUUGAACAAUUUGUUCUGUUAUUUUUUAGAAUAUAUGUAUUGGACUGCACAUAGCUAUUUAAACACAAAUAUUACAAGGGUCAAACCUAUACACCUGCAGUAUUUACUCUAUUAGAAAGUUAAAUUAUUAUAUAUUUAUAUACAUCAUAAUAACAACCUAUUUUGAAAAUGUAAAUUAUUGUGCAGUCCAGACUUUAUAUGACUUUAUUGAUAUUUACUGUCUUUACACCUAAGUGUGCGUUUGAGUUACCAAAAUACAAAUAUGCAAAUCUUUGAUGUAAAAAAAUAUACACUGCUUAAGUAUGUGAUUUUUGACAAACAAAACGAAAUUUUUGUAGUGUUAUGUUCUCUUAAGAUUACGUCUGCUCAAGUGGUAUUCUAUGGGACUAUAGAUUGGUAAUAAUUAAUCUAUUUACGUAUAUUCUUCGUUUAAAACCACCAUAGAUACUAGUCAUACGUAACACACUGAACGAUUUUAAUUUGAAUUUAUAUAUUUUUUAAUAUGAUUUUAUUAUAUGUAACGUACACAUAGUAUUUUAUUGUAACUGCGAUGACAAAAAAAAUGUAAAACACAAAAACAACGUAAUUUUCUUAUUAGUUUACGUUUAGUGGAUGUCGGACCUUGGUAUUUUUGCGCACAUUCGCGUAGUUAGCUGAUUUCUUACUGUGAUCAUUUAUAUAACAUUUUUGUCAUCUGUACUUUUAAUGUAUCGGAGGUCAGAAGGUUUUUAAUGGUAAGGAGAUGAUAGCUCUUCUAGAAUAACCUUACCUGAUGAGGGUGACAUUCACAUUCCUUGUUGGGAUCUUAUUAUAAGAUAGACUUAAGAGAUAUUCAAAUAAAUUUAUUAAUAUAUUACUGUCUAAGCAAAACUCGUGUCGUACGGUAAAUAUCGUUCCACUCUAAGUACAGCUCAACGUCUAAAUUUCUAAUAUAUUUUUAAGGAACUGGCAAUACCAAUAACCAACGGAUAUAUUAAAAAAAACAAAUCAACUCGUUGAUUUGCAUUUCCUUUUCGAAGCUUCAUUAAAAACGAGCUCGCAAUGUAAAAGUUGUCAAUUUAGUUCUGGUAACUUACUACCUAUACUUGUUAGGUUACUGCCAAAUAGAAUUUGAUGUUCUUAUAAUUCCUAGUCCUUAAGAGAUUAGGUAGUGAAGCGGUAAUUAUCUCAUCAUUCGAUACAUUAUACUUAGACUAUUAGACGGUUGAAAUAGAUUAAGUCUAGUGCAUGAUAUCACUUUUGCGAUUUUUAGAUAAAAAAAAAAUAGCAUAGGAAACCCGUCAUUGAGGUGAAAUAAUGAUAAUUAUUAUGUAAUCAACGUGUCUAAUAUCUAUCCAGUAGAUUAACUAAACAAUAACUUCAUAAAAUCACAAACAGUAAAGAAAAAUUUAAUAUUACCCCUAGAGAGUUAAAACACUGAGAAUAUUAAUAUAUAAAACCUUAUUUGAGACUUGUAUUUAAAAAAAAAAACACUAGUAAUAUUUUUCACAAAAUCGAACAACCUGAUCUUUUAAAAACGUUAAACUACAAAGUUCCUAUCAUCCGUAACAUUCACUCGAUAACGAAGUCCUAUUUGUUAAACUCACUUCGUAUUUCAACUCUCUACAAAUUAAAAACGGUUAAUUACAGUUAAUGGCAAAACUUAUCGACGUGUAAAAGAAAAGAAAAAAACAUAAAAAAUACGUGAAAUUUCUUAAAAACAAUAUGAAAUAAAAAACAGCGAACGGAAUAGUUAUUCUAACAUAGAAUAAAUAAAAUGAGGUUACCAUCAAGAGGUUACUACACUUGCAUUGAAUUUCUUUAGUGAUACUUUGUGAUCAUUUACUAAAGGGUAUUUGACAGAUUUCACUUAAUAUGAUUAAGAUUUAUUGAACAAAGUUGGAUUUUAUUAUUUAAAAUAAAUAAAAAAUUAUAUAUUCAUUAAUCUAUUCGAAAUCACAUAGUGAUAUAAAGCAGACAAAAAAAUCUAUAAAACAUAUCUUCCUUUCGACAGAGCCAUAGGUACAAAAAUAUAUUUAAUAUUAUCAAAUAUUUAUGCCUAUCAAUAGGCACUGAAAGUUUAUUUAUCUCAAUGUGUUUAUUUUACCUUUAACUUUCUGAUUGUGCAAAAAAAGUGUGUCAAAAAUUAUCGCACACUUAUUUUUUUUUUAACCUUCACCCAAUAUAGUAACGCGUACCUAACGAGGUUUAUAUAUGUGCCAAAGUUCAAAAUUUUCUAACAUUACAUUGAUGAUUCUCGUGGUAACAUAACCAAAAAUCAUUAGAGUAACAAAAUGGUAUUCAUAUGAUACUGGCCUGUAUUUUAGUAUGAGUUUGAUUCAACAACAUAAACACAUUCCAAGUUUCAUCAUCCAUAUGAACUUUCGAUUACCUAAGAUUUUUUAAAUUGGAAAACUUUUUACAAUCAGUCGUUAGGUUAACGAUACAAACUCGUACUAGGAUCUAUAAGUCUAACUGACAAACGAACAGGUAUAGCCAUAGUUCUCACAGAAGCACAUAAAACUUGACAUAGAAUCAAUGACUGUUCGUAAAUUCAAUCUACUAAAAAAGUAUUUACUUCUAAUAUAACAUAAGAUUAUAUAAAUUAUAUGAAAUAUAUAUUUAAUUAAUUAGCUCUAUCGAGUGUCUUGUAAUUUAAAAAUAUAAAAUUGUCUAUUUUAGAUUUUAGGCUGUGAGCCAGCAUUAAACACGUUUAUUAAAAAUUUUAAUAUUUCAGGCUAGAGUUGCUGUGAUACACCAUUUUGGCUAUAAAAUAUAGAUAAAUCAUUUCUGGCUGUAGUUGUUUAGUAACAGCGUGUCUAUUAACUAAUGUUGCCAUAUUAUAAUUUAACUGUGAUUUUAUUGUCAUUUUUCAUAAACUUUGCAUUUUUAUUUAAUUUAAAACAAUUUUAAGCCAGAAUUAACGGUCAAAUACCGUUAUAUUAUUUUUAAUAUUAAAUUUAUUUUAAUAGAAAUUUUGUCACCAAACACCGACUUACCUAAGUACUAUGAAGAACAUUAAAUUGUGGGAAUAUAUACUAAAUAGGCAUAAAUGUAACGGCUUCGUAAAUCAAAUUUUAUUGAAAAACAAAGGUUUUGAUGUGAAUGAAAUUUUAUCUGUCAAUAUAAAUAUUUGAAAAUAUAAAAGCUGUCUUAUAAAAUUAUAUUAAAUUAAUUAAAACUAUUCAAAUAAUAAUUCUAGCGGGUUAGCCAGUGAAGGAGAUGUUAUGAGUAUUAUAAAAUAAAAUAAAUUAUAAUUCAAUUA